UUUACAUGGAAGGGCAGUGCAUUGUGGGAUAUCUGUGAGCAAAGGUAGCUGACUGGAAGGCUGCAAUCCGCUGUCACCACUACCGAUGUUGCGCCUCUCCUCUUCACUACCUACAUAUCACAUUAUCCGAAGAUCAAUCAUGGCUCAGCAAAAGAAGAACAGAGUUUUUGUCAUUGGCGUAGGAAUGACAAAGUUCGAGAAGCCGGGAUCCAGAGAGGACUUUGACUACCCUGAUAUGGCCAAGGAAGCAGGACAAAAGGCCCUGGCAGAUGCUGGCGUUCCGUAUUCUGCCAUUGAGCAGGCGUGUGUAGGCUAUGUCUAUGGGGACUCCACCUGCGGUCAGAGGGCCAUCUACCACGGCCUGGGCCUGUCGGGCAUCCCCAUCCUGAACGUGAACAACAACUGCUCCACGGGGUCCACGGCGCUCUUCAUGGCCCGCCAGCUGGUGCAGGGAGGACUGGUGGAAUGUGCGCUGGCUCUCGGCUUUGAGAAGAUGGAGAGGGGCUCUCUGACGUCCAAGUACAUGGACCGGACCAACCCCAUGGACCGCCACAUGGAGGUGAUGAUCAACCGCUACGGCAUGGUGCCCGCCCCCGCCGCCGCCCAGAUGUUUGGCAACGCCGGGCGGGAGCACAUGGAGAAACACGGUACGAAACCAGAGCACUUUGCCAAAAUUGCAUGGAAGAACCACAAGCAUUCAACCAACAACCCCUAUUCCCAGUUCCAGGACGAGUACAGUCUGGAUCAGGUCAUCAACUCCAGGAAGGUGUUUGAGUUCCUCACACUGCUGCAGUGCUGCCCCACGUCGGACGGUGCGGGGGCGGCGGUGCUGGCGAGCGAGGCCUUCGUCCGGCGCCACGGGCUGGAGCGCCAGGCGGUGGAGAUCGUGGCCCAGGAGAUGGUGACGGACCUGGCCAGCACCUUCACUGAGGACAGCUGCAUCAAGAUGGUGGGCUACGACAUGACCCAGCUGGCCGCGCGGAGGGUGUUCGCGGCGGCGGGGCUGCAGCCCGGCGACGUGGACGUGGUGGAGCUCCACGACUGCUUCUCGGCCAACGAGCUGAUCACCUACGAGGCCCUGGGGCUCUGCGCAGAGGGUAAAGCGGGGGAGCUGAUUGACCGGGGGGACAACACCUACGGGGGGAAGUAUGUGGUGAACCCCAGCGGCGGCCUCAUCUCCAAGGGACACCCCCUGGGCGCCACAGGCCUGGCCCAGUGUGCUGAGCUCUGCUGGCAGCUGCGCGGGGCGGCGGGGCAGCGGCAGGUCCCGGGGGCCCAAGUGGCCCUGCAGCACAACAUCGGCCUGGGGGGGGCGGUGGUGGUCACCCUGUACCGGCUGGGGUUCCCCCUGGGGGGCGGCGGAGCUCGUGUUACGGCUGCCCCCACCAGUGCAGCUGGUGGCCUCGAGGACUUUAAAGCCUACGCCGUCUUUCAAGAAAUCGAGAAAAAACUGCAAGAGAAAGGGGAGGAGCUUGUCAAGAAGGUCCGAGGAGUGUUUGCCUUCCAGGUGAGCGACGGUCCCGAGGGGAGAGACGGGCGCUGGGUUGUGGACGCGAAGAACGGCAGCGGGUCCGUCACCAACGACCCGGAAGCGAAGGCUGACUGCACCCUGAGCAUCGGGGACGAGGACCUCCUGGCGCUGAUGACCGGGAAGCUCAACCCUCAGACGGCCUUCAUGCAGAAGAAGCUGCAGAUCAGUGGGAACAUGGGCCUGGCCAUGAAGCUCCAGAGCCUGCAGGUUAAGCCCGAGACGCCAAGCUGUGAGCCGCGUCACAUGACCUCCGGGACGUGGAGACUCCCAGCGUCGCGGCGGCGUCAGUCCAGCAGCGCAACUUCUACCUUCCCCUCGCCAUCAGGGGGGCAUUUCUCUCUUACUGUUUAUAAAGAAUCUAAGUUGUGCUGCUCCUUUUUAAUAAUCCAGGACCACUGUUUAAAACCGGCCAACAGUGAUGGUGUUGAACCACAGCCCUAUUGUGUGUGUGUGUGUGUGUGUGUGUGUGUGUGUGUGUGUGUGUGUGUGUGUGUGUGUGUGUGUGUGUGUGUGUGUGUGUGUGUGUGUGUCUCUGUCUCUCUCUCCUUCUCUCUUUCUCUCUUGUACUAAAAUACUACACAUUUUGCUACGUUGUGUUGGCUCAUCUAAAGACCCUGGUUAACCAGAAGAGAUUUGCCUUACCCAUAUAGACCGUAUGAAAUCGAACUGGUAUAUGUCCGGUAUAUACCUGGGGCUGCUGGUAAUGACACAACGUGACGUUUGUCUCCGCUCUGUCUGGCCAGAGACCUUACUAGGAUGUUCUUGCCAUGCACCUUGAAGAGCUUAUUGUGCGUCAAAUGAUGAAAAGCUGAUGUCUGAAUCUGAAUCAUGAACACUGUAUUUUAUGGAAAGAAGAAUGAAAAUCUGUGAAUGGGAAUGCACCAAGACACCAAGUAACAAAAUAAAGAAAUUACUUUGAA